AUGGAGGACAAAGAGGGACCAUCGCCCGGGGUCACAGUGAAAGGAGAUGAUGCUCCAGAGGGCUACCACGUGGCACCCAGAACGGAAAACCCUACUCCAUAUGCGGGGCCCACAAUGCAGGCCACCGCUGCACCUCCGGCGAGAGUAGCAGCCCCGCCGGGACCUAGCACCGGUUCAGAAAUGAAGAAAAAAAGAGGCAGACCAAGAAAGUACAGACCAGAUGGGUCUUUGGCAAUGACAUUGUCGCCGAUGCCGAUAUCGUCGUCGAUUCCACUGGGCGGAGAGUUUUCCCCUUGGAAACGGGGAAGAGGGCGGCCGGUUGACGCGGUCAAAAAGUCACAUAAGUAUGAGUUCGAAAGCAGCCCAGGUGACGGAAUCGCGUAUUUUGUGGGGGCAAAUUUCACACCUCAUGUGAUCACUGUAAAUGCUGGUGAGGAUGUUACAAUGAAGGUGAUGUCUUUUUCUCAACAAGGAGCUCGUGCUAUCUGCAUUCUCUCUGCAAAUGGCACUAUUUCGAAUGUUACCCUUCGGCAGCCUACUUCAUCUGGUGGUACUCUGACAUAUGAGGGACGUUUUGAGAUCCUUUCCUUGUCUGGUUCAUUUAUGCCUACUGAGAAUGCUGGAACAAAGAGUAGAUCUGGUGGGAUGAGUGUUUCAUUGGCAGGCCCAGAUGGUCGUGUUUUAGGAGGGGGACUUGCUGGUCUGUUGGUAGCAGCUGGUCCUGUGCAGGUUGUUGUGGGCAGUUUCCUACCGGGUCACCAGCAGGAGCAGAAGCACAAGAAACAGAAAACUGAACCUGCAGCAGCUGUUGUGAGCCCUACAGCUGUGCAUACGAUGUCUACAGAAGAAAUUAAGGUGUCCUAUGGUGGAGUAAGGCCAAUUCUCACCUCUCCAUUCCCUGGAGACAAUUUGGGUACUUUGAACCCUAUCCAGGCCUUUAGAAACUCUGCUAUUGACAAUAAAUCAUCUUCAGCUGGAGAGGAAUCAAAAGGCCACAGUCUAUCACAGUGUGAGGUUUCCAGUUGAUAGCAUCCGCAAGCCAGAAGCUGGUUUGUCGUCAUUGUUCUUUUUGCAUCAGUUAGGCUCCCAAGUCAACCUUGUCCAAAACCACUAUAAGCUCAUUGGCUUCUUACCAAGGGAAAAGUAGGUUUAACAUCUUGAUGGUUUUAACCCAUAAUUGUACUCUGUCUCGUUAAGUUUAGGUAGUAUUUCUAGUUUGUUAGGAUCAGUUUGCGGCUGUUGUCAUGGUGUAUGGUGUAUUUUCAAGUGUUGUCUUACCCAUUGGUGUAAAAUUUUAUGAAAUGAUUGAAACCUGGUGUGCCAUUCUUCUGAUUUUAAGUGCCAUGUAUCUGAAUGAUUUGAAGGUUUAAUUGCAUUGUUGUUUUGAUGAUGGUUUGUAGAAA